AUGAAGAUCUGUCAACAGGGAACCUUGGGUCGUGUCUUCUACGUCGACCUCAACGACAAGCGUCCAUUGACCGGGGAUGCCGAGCAGUCCCUCCAAAAAUGCCUGGAUAUUCUGUCAGACACGAGCGCCAACAAGGGCCACGGAGUUGUCCCGUCUGUAUGGGGUUCUAGGUACGGCACAUCGGUGCACAGCCUGACAAAGGACCAAGACAAGAUCAGGCAGCAAGUUCUGGAAGACAACAUUAGCGACGUUACUGGCGACCAAUAUACCCCCUCAACUGAAGCCUUUUGCGACAUGCGAACCGUUGGUGUUUGCCACGAAUGCUUCUUUGUCCACGACGGCAAAUGUAACCCAGACGGCUCUGCAAGCUGGCUUACAGGCAGCUCCGUGCUAUCUAGUCUGGAGAGCACUGCCGACCUCAGCUCUAUUGCAUCACCCGGUCCCACAGACCCUAGCCUCGACACGACCCCCCGCAAGCGUCGGCAAUGUUCAGUGACGCAGUCAAAUGCCACGAGGAAAAUUAGCAACGACAUCGAAUACUCAUACAGUGAGGCCACUGGCAUCUACCUAAGAGCCUCUCGCAAGCGCCAGAGGGUCCAUGACAACGCGCUGUGCCUUCCGUGGGGUGAUGACGACUCUGAUGAGGAUGAGGAUGAGGAUGACGACGACGAUGACGAUGAAGAUGAAAACGAAGAUGAGAACGGUGACUUUGACAUUACAGUGGAGCCUCACUCCCCCAUCACUCCUCGCAAGAAGAAGCGCUGUUAUGCGCGAUCUAUCAUGCAAGCCUUCCAGGAAUAA